UGGCAACAUUUUGUCAUAUUAAUGUUGCAAUCAUUUAUUUGCUGAUCCUUAAAAUAGUUGCAAAACUGUUUUAUGAUAAGUUCAUUUGAAUUUACCUUUUUUGAAAACAAGCAUAAGAGAAUUUGAUGUUUCUUUGCAAGAACUCUACAUUUUAAACUGAAGAUGUAGCUAAAUGUUCUCAUGAGAUGCUUUUCUUAUUUGGUUUGGCUUUGAGGGGUACGUAAAUUACGAAAUUCUCAAGCAUGCAAAAGAGACUGAUUUUUGUCGGUGUGUAUUUCAGCAACUAUCAGAGGUUGAAUUGUUCCGAUCGUUUAUUAAACAUUUUAUAAAGGUAAAGAGAAAAAGCAUACACUAUGUCUGAUGAAGCUUUUAGCACAACUUUGGCAUAUACGAAGAGUCCAAGAAUUACCAAAAGAACUACUUUCCAGGAUGAGUUAAUAAGAGCAGUUACAGCUCGCUCAGCCAGACGAAGGAAUUCUGAAUACUCAGAUGACUUUGAUAGUGAUGAUAUUGUUUCCUUAGGUGAUUUUUCUGACACUUCAAUAGAUGAAAAUUCAGUUAAGAAAAAAAUGAAUGAUUUUCAUAUAUCAGAUGAUGAAGAAAAGAAUUCUUCAAGACCGACUUUUUUGAAAAGCAAGAAAUCAAACAGUGACAUAACCAAAGACGAGCCAGUAUUAGCUGUCAGAAAUGACGAGGAAAUGGCACGUGAUGGUUGUGAAGACAUGGUUGUAAAUUCCUCAUCUGAAUCUCAAAACAAAGACCAGGAAAUUGAGGAAGAGAAAAUUAAAAUAAAACCUAAACCCAGAAUUCUUUCAGUCAAAAGCACAUCUUCAGCAGAAAACAGCAGUAGCCUUAAAACAGAUGACCAUUUUAAACCUUCACCUCGACCAAGGAGCAUGUUACAAAAGAAUAGCCACAAGGAAGAGAAAGAUAGACUAGAAGAAGGUAAAGAGACUGCCCUCAGUGAAGAAAAAGAGCUGCAUCUGGCACCUUCUUCCCCUCCAAGGCUGAAUGGCAGACAAUUAGAAGCCGAGAAGAAAGCAUUCUCUGAAAACCUUGAUCCUGAGGAUCCAUGGUUAACAAGUCAAUCAUCAUCAUCCCUUAAAGAAAGUCUUGGAGAUUCCUUUUCACCAGGAUCUGGAGAAAAAGCAUACAUAAAAGAUCAAAAUGAAGAAUUCAUUGAAAACUAUAAUUCCUUCAAAUCAAAUGAAAUUGAAGAGAAUUCAUUUUCAAUAGAAGUCAUGACUGCUGCACUUGAGAAAUCUAAGGAAAGUCUAGUGACUGCUGAUGACCUUGAAGAAGAAAAGGAGAGAGCGGAACAGAUUAUGGAUGGUGAUUUAACAGCCGAUCUGCAACUAUUUAAAUCUCAGAGUAUCUUAAUAUCCACCAAUACAACUGAAUCUGCAAAGAAAACAAUUGAAGACAGAAAUAUGAAGAAUAAAAAGUCAACAAAUAAUAGAGCAUCCAGUGCAUCUGGCAGAUUAAUGACCUCUGAGUUUUUAAAGAAAUCUAGUUCUAUAAGAAGAACUCCAUCGACAACUACCUCUUCUCACUAUUUAGGGACUUUGAAAGUCUUGGACCAAAAGCCUUCACAGAAGCAGAGCGUAGAACCUGAUAAAGCAGAUAACAUAAGGGCAGCUGUUUAUCAGGAGUGGUUAGAAAAGAAAAAUGCAUACUUACAUGAAAUGCACAGAAUAAAAAGGAUUGAAAGUGAAAACUUAAGGAUCCAAAAUGAACAGAAAAGAGCUGCUAAGAAAGAAGAAGCGUUAGCAUCAUUUGAAGCCUGGAAGGCUAUGAAAGAAAAGGAGGCAAAGAAAAUAGCUGCAAAAAAGAAGCUUGAGGAAAAAAACAAGAAGAAAACUGAAGAAGAAAAUUCAGUGAGGAAGGGAGAAGCACUACAGGCUUUUGAAAAAUGGAAAGAGAAAAAAAUGGAAUAUCUUAAAGAGAAAAAUAAAAAGGAGAAAGAAUGUGAAAGAGCAAAGAAACAGAAAGAGGAGGAAACUGUUGCUGAGAAAAAGAAAGACAAUUUAACAGCUGUUGAAAAAUGGAAUGAAAAAAAGGAAGCUUUUUUCAAGCAAAAGGAAAAAGAGAAAAUAAAUGAGAAAAGAAAGGAAGAACUGAAAAAAGCUGAGAAAGAAUAUAAAGAUAAACAAGCUAUUGAUGAAUAUGAAAAAUGGCUGGAAAAUAAAGAAAGGCAGGAAAGAAUUGAACGAAAACAAAAGAAACGUCAUUCCUUUCUUGAAAAUGAGACACUUCCUCCAUGGAGCCCUCCAAGCAGAACUGUGUUCUCAAAAGUGUGUUGAUAAUUCUAGUUCUUGCAUUAUUUAGUUAUUAUUUUUCAAUUCACCUAUUUUAGUCAUAGGUUUAAAACUAUUUAUUCAGUUAUUUAUAGUUAGAAGAAUCUAUUUUAAUUAAAUGCCAGACACUUCUGCUGACAACAAAAAAGAUACUUUCGAAUUUAAUCAGUGAAAGCACUUUUGGAACUGUAGAUAAACUACCGGGAAUGAGAAGCUUAUAAUCAGAUUGUUCUUAACAUUAAAAUACACAAAGCUUUAUCAUGUCCUGAUAAUUCUUGCAGUGGAAUGAUACAUGAUUACUUUCACUAAGUUCUGCACAUUAAGUAUCUUUAAUCCCAAUAAUAAAAAGGAAACAAUCUAGGUACCAUAAUCAUAGAGAUAAUUGAAUUUGUAGAUGGUUGUGUAUCUCGAUUCAGUUUUUUAAAUGAAUAGUCACUGGUAAAUAUGCAUAUAUUAUUUCUUCUAAAACUGAACUUUAGCUCAAAGCAGUUGUAUUUGUAUUACGCAACUUAGAAUUUUGUUUAAUUGGGGCAAAAGUUCAGUAGAACACUAGUCAUCAAGGCAUUUUAUUUAAGAAUUUUACCUCAUGUUUUAAUGAGUGUACAUUAAUUGUUCCAGUCUUACGUGACAAUAAUGAACCCACCUCUGAAUUUUUUUCUAAACUCCGUCCUAUUUUGUUUAUUAUUUCAGUGAUACCAAAAGACAUCAAUUUUAUAGUACUGAUGUACUUACACAUUAGUUGUGGAAAUUGCACAGAAGUUCAAGGUCAUUAUUCCUAUAGCCAUUUUCCAGACUAAAGCCAUAAAGGUGAUUAAGGCAGUUGUCUUUUUAGUUAAUCCAGAGUUUUAUAGCUUUUAUUUAGGAGACAGCUGUGUGGGCAGGUAAACUUUUAGAAAAUGUCCAAAGGACCUUUAUUUAUUUGAUCUCUGCAUAUCCUUGUAUUAAUUGGCCUCAUACUUGACCUGUCUAGUUUAAGACAGACCAGGUGUCUACUCUUGGAGUUGAAAGGCUGCUUUAGUCAAUUAUGCAGUGCAGAGAUGACGGAUGAGAAUAAAGAGUUACUAUUUAUUGAGCACCUAUUAUAUCAUCUCUGCUGGAUCUUUAUAAAUGUAUUUCUCAUCUUUACAACUAUUCAGGGUAGGUGUUACUAUUCAUUUUUGUAAAUAAAAAUACUGAGGCUCAGAGAAACCAGAUAACUUGCCAUACAUCCAGAGUUUGACUGUGUUGGGAUCAGAACUGAUGGUCUGCUUGACUGAAUCUGCCUUCCUCCAGAAUCACUGUGCUUUUUUUCACAGUCUCAUGUAGACUCUGAGAAUUUUAAUCUUGUCUUGUAUUAUAUCAACCUUGCAAGCACGUGUAUUGUUAUUGAGAGAUUAUCUUUUUCUGCAGAGAUAUCUGCCUGUUAUUAGAGAUGGUGAAUGCCAUUAAGUCUAUAAAGUGAAGUAAGAAUUCGUAAGAUUUAAGGAGUUACUCAGACAUCUUGUAUCUAGUAUUAGAAUGUCAGAAAACUCCGCAGGUUAUGUAACAUAGGCUUUGAGAUAGUAACCCAGGAGGUUUCACACACUGAGCGUCAACCUUCUUGCUGCAUGUAUGUGCAAGAUAAGAAAGAUUUCAUGGAUCACUUUGUACGGAUAUAUCACUGCUACAGACAAGUAAGAUAAAUUUCAUAGAUAAAACUAGAAACCUUUUAUACUGCCAGAACUAGGAGAAUAGUUCAUGAAAUUGAAAUGAUAACAAGCAAUAUGUAUUAUCAACAUGGGAUUUAGGACCUGUCUUAUUCAUCUGUGUGUCCCCCGUAAUACCAAGCACAGUGCCUACCAGAAUAUAUCAAGUGUUUACUAUACUAAAAUAGCUAUUCAGAGCUAAAAAGAUAUUUGCAAAUUCCAGGGAAGUAAAAGGAUAAAUAAGUACAGCUACUUUUGGGUAUGUGAGAUCAUAAAUGUGUGUUAUAGAUUUCACAUUAAAUAUUUACUUAAACUUC